AUGACGUCAGCCAGCUACCAGCUUCCGUUCGUAAACCCGCCCGCUGGCGCCGACCCCUUCGCGAGCCGCGCGGUAUGGGACACGGGCAGUGAGCCCGCACGAGCCACCGCUUUCUCCAUAAGCCCACCCGAAACUCCGCCCCCCACAGACUCGCCCGUCAAGUUAUGCGGCGAUUCGCGGAGGGGAUCCGGGCUGCCGUUCAAACUCAUCUUGCGGUUCCCGACGAAGGGAAACUCGUUCGUGCGGGCUGCGGCCGAGCGGGUGGGGCCGUCGGUUGUGCGGAUAAACACGGAGAGGAAUCAGCCGAGCGAAGCGGGGGGUAAGGACUUGUUCAGCAAGUUUUUCGGGGGGGACGAUUUGGCGCUGGAGGACCGGGCAAAGGACCGGGAACAAGGGCAGGGGAGCGGGUUCGUGGUCGACGGGCGGCAGGGGAUCAUCGUGACGAACGCCCACGUCAUCAAUCGAGCGGACACCGUUCUGGUCACUUUCACUGAUGGGCGCACGUUUCGGGGCGUGGUCGUGGGCACGGACGAGCUGACUGAUUUGGCGGUGAUCAAAGUGGAGCUGCCCCAAUGGGAGAGCCUGCCGAAUGCGCCACUCGGGGACAGCAACAGCCUAGAGGUCGGGGAUUGGGUCAUAGCGGUGGGCAAUCCUUUCGGCCUGGACAACACCGUGACUCUAGGUAUCGUGAGCUGUCUGCACCGACAGGCCGCCGAGAUCGGCAUCCCGGAGAAACGGGUAGACUUCCUCCAGACGGACUGCGCCAUCAACCCGGGCAACUCGGGGGGACCCCUCCUAAACGAAUUCGGCAAGGUGGUCGGGAUCAACACGGCGAUCCGAGCGGACGCGGAGGGCAUUAGCUUCGCGAUCCCCAUCAACUACGCCCGCAAGAUCGUCGACGUCCUUAGCCAGGGCCUGCCCAUGCGUCACGCUUACAUCGGCGUGCAAGUGGUGACGAUCACACCCGGGCUGGCACGUCAGCACAACACCGAGCCCGGCUCCCGGGGGGUCUUGCCGGAGGUCGGGGGCCUCUUGGUUGCGAACAUCGCCGACGGCUCCCCGGCCGAGGCCGCCGGCCUGCGCUCGGGUGACGUCAUCUUGGAGAUGGACGGCCGGCGGCUGCGCUCCGCGGGCGAGCUGCAGUGCGUCAUCGCAUACAGUGACGUCGGCCAGCUUAUCAAAGUGAAGACCCGACGGGGCCAAGAGACCAUCGUUCUAAACAUUGUGGCUGGAGACUUGACUCCACUGCUGUCGGCAAAGAGUGGUGGGUCGCCCCGGCCAAAGUGAACCCAAUCGAGUUACACUCGAGACGUCUCUGUGAUCAGAUUUCUGAACUUGGACAUGUCCACAAACACUAGCCAGCAUUUGUUGUAUCGAACGCUUCUGUCAAAUAGAUACGGCAGGGAAUGACGCAGGGGCGCAGGGGCAACGUCAACAUCAAACUAGGACGGGUUUACAGCAGGUUACAGAGCCGCACAGGUGUUCGAGGUUUUAAUACAGAUGGCAAUCACGCAUGUGAGGCCUCUCAGUCCGCGGCUGCAAUGGGGGAGGACAAGUAUUCAUGAGACGAACAAGCGCCGCUCAAAGCUUUUGGGCGGCUUUCGUGUAUGUGUUGAGGCGCUCGGCCAUUGCUGGGACGCUCAAGGCGUCAUGACGCAAAUCAGUUAUUUGCCAGAAAUCUAGGUUCUAAGUAGCUGGUCUCAGUGCGCUUGAAGCUACUUCUGUGUUGAGAACAUGUGACACGAUGCGCGGUUGGAUGCAGUGUGGGACAACCUACAUGUAUUACCCCGCCAAACAAUG